AUGAAUUUUGAUGGACAGGAUUUAACUGGUGUUUUCAAGAUAACCAAUUUGGUUGUUUCUGGGCUAUGUGUGGUAGGUGGUCUUUCCCAAUUGUUCUACAGUUUCCAUUCAUUUGUUUCUGGAUUGUAUAUUAUUGCAUUUGGUGCGGUAAUUGGGGCAUUGGAAUUUCGAGUACCAGCUGAAGCGUACGCUUAUGCGUCGUUUUUAUUUUCGUUUAUUGGCCGUGGAAUAUUCUACACGUUUCUUGGGGUCAGUUUAAGUGGUGGGUCAUUUUUCAGAGUGUUUGCAGCAUUAGUGCUUUUUACAAUUGGGUUGGCAUAUGUGGUGUUGGAGACUAUUCCUAGUAUUUCGCCCCCAGAAAAUAUGAAUCCUGAUGGGGCAGUGAUUGGAUUGAACGAUGAAGAAGGGGUGUAA